UCGUCCACCAUUCUCUGCGGUCUGCAGUGGAUAUGGCGUCACUAAAAAGUGUAGGAGUCGAGAAACUUCAUGCAUGUAAAUAACGGCAAGAAGCAAGCUGUAGGUAGCAAUACGCAGUACAUAGCUAUAUAUAUUAUCCAGCUUACUUUUUAACUAUGCCCCGGAAAAAGCCAUUUAGCAACAAACAGAAGAAGAAACAGCUACAGGUCAAACGGGAGAAAAAGAGAGGUGACACAGGUUCAGGGCCGAGUAGCCGCAAUGCUAGUGUGGAGCGAGGAGGAGAGCGACAGUCGGACACCUCAGACAGUGAGACCACUGAUGUUCGGAGAAUAAAUCAACAGCCCUUUGGCAGAGAAGGUAGAUAUGACCCCAACAGGUUCCGAUUGCACUUUGAGAAAGAGAGCAAGGAGGAAGUGGAAAAGAGGAAGAAGUUGGCCAGGGAGAAGGUGUUGCAGCCAGUCUCAGACAAAGAACUUGAGAUCAACAUCAGUGACAUCUUCCCCUCAGAGAAAGGUCUUGGUUUCCCACUACGACCGCCUUGGAGUUAUGAGAUGACACGAGAGAACCUGCUGAGGAAAGAGGAGAAGAUGUAUAGAGACUACCUGGAUGACAUGCACUCCAGAAACCCCACUGGCUCUCUCAGCCACUUUGAGCACAACCUGGAGACAUGGAGGCAGCUAUGGAGAGUGUUGGAGAUGUCAGAUGUCAUCCUGCUCAUCGUGGACAUCAGGCACCCGGUGCUGCAGUUCCCUCCAGCCCUGUACCACUACAUCACAGGAGAUAUUCAGAAGCAGGUGAUCCUGGUGUUGAACAAAGCCGACCUGUGUCCUCCCCCAAUGGUGAUCGCCUGGAAACACUACAUGGCCUCCCAGUUCCCCCACCUGCAAAUAGUCUGUUUCACCUCCCACCCUGGACAGCCCUACAGCACAGUACUCCAGAAGAAGAGGAUGAGGAAGAAGGCUGACUGGAGUCACGCUGGAGGUCCUUUAGAUAUCCUGAAGGCCUGUCAGGAGAUCACAGCAGGGAAAGUUGACCUAUCCAGCUGGGAGCAGAAGAUUAAGAGAGAUGCUGUUGCUGAGCAUCUGGAUGGGGAGCAGCUGGAUGAAGGAGCGGAGACGGUACUGAUGGAGCAUCAAACUGACAGCGCUAUGGAGAUGAGCAGCCCAUCCCAUGAGCUGUACAAAGAUGGGGUUCUCACGCUGGGCUGCAUAGGCUUUCCAAAUGUUGGUAAGUCAUCAGUUAUAAACAGCCUGGUGGGGAGGAAGGUGGUGAGCGUGUCUCGAACCCCAGGCCACACCAAAUACUUCCAGACUUACUACCUCACCCCGACAGUCAAACUCUGUGACUGCCCUGGACUGGUUUUCCCCUCCCUGGUCAAUAAACAGUUGCAGAUUCUGGCAGGCAUCUACCCAGUGUCUCAGCUGCAGGAGCCCUACAGCUCAGUUGGUUAUCUGUGUGAAAGGACUCCUUUCCGCUCUGUGCUGAAGCUCACACACCCCAGUUUGAUGGAGAACAAAGCCCAUAAUAGAAGCCAGGGGUCUGAAGAGCUCAACUGGACUGCCUGGGAUGUGUGUGAAGCAUGGGCAGAGAGAAGAGGCUAUAAGACAGCAAAAGCAGCUCGCAAUGAUGCUUACAGAGCAGCUAACAGUAUCCUGCGGUUGGCAGUUGAUGGCAGAUUGUGCCUCUGCCUUAAACCACCUGGCUACAGCUGCCUGAAAGAGCACUGGGAAAAUCACCCAGACCUGCCGGAGAUUAUUGCACUGCAAGGAAGGACGGCAGUAGAUGAAGGAACAGGGGAGAGGGAUGAUGAUGAUGAAGGAGAGUCCAGCACCGAGCCAGAGGAAGAGAGAGACCGGGACGCAGACGACGAUGAGGAUGGAGAUGAUGAAGAUGAGGGGUUUGGACAUCCAAUACGGAAGGAAGAUAAGCCAUCUGGCUUUACUGUCAACAUGUACAAUGUCCUUCGGGAAAAUGAGUGCGAGUGAUAAAGACAUGCAGACAGCCAUAAGUUGUUUCUCUUCCCUGACUUCUCCCCGUUAACCCCAGUGCACUUUUCAUUCCUUUUUUUCCUAAAUCUGCAUUCCUUCUCUCUCUUUUUUCUUGCAUCUCCACUCCUCAUGUCAUUACCUUCUCUGUCCAUUAAUAUGAUAUAUUCUAAUGAAUUCAUCCUGUUUCCUUCUCCCUAUAAUUUAUAGAGCAUAUUCAUGUAUUCCAUGCUGUGCCUCUGCUCUGCUUGUUUAUCUAUGAAGCUUGUUCUUUAGUGUUGCUUCUAGGAAUGGGUUUGGUUUGGUUUGAUUUAAUUUAAUCUUUUUGCAUGUAGUUCUUAGAAGCAAAGGAACAAAGUAACUUCCCUCAGCCUGGAAUAAUCAGCCUACUGGUUUUCAAUCUCUUUAUUGAUAAGUGACUUCACAGCUGAGAUGCCAAAGUUCAGGAAAGGAUGAUAAAACAAAUCAGACGCAUUGUCGAUAUGAUGUCAUUCACUGGAGCAGCCAUUUGGCUCUCAGAGCAGCUGGAGAUUUAAGACCAUGACACCAAAUCUUCUUUAUUGACCAUAGUUUGUCAAAGGGUGUGGAGAUAGGAUAUGGAAGAUAUUAGACUAUAAAAGUGGAAUGAAUAAAGCCAACAUUUUACACAAAUGGUUUUGCGGCUACCAGUACUACGGCUCUGUUAGAGGUUCACUUAUUUGAACUUGGUUUUGAUUUAGAUAAUAUUGUAUCGGAGCGUGAUAUUUUAUUUGGUGGGAUUCUACAGUCAGCAGGAAAUAAAAAAUAAAAAAAUGUUUGGAAUUGGGGGAGAAGAGUGUUAUUGAAUCCUGUGUUGCUGGAUGAGGCUGUUUCAGGAAUUUAACUUGUAGUGUUUUAACUACUAGAAAUAUGAUCCUUAGAUGCUGCUGGAGAUCUACAGUAUUUAGUGUAGGCUUUUGGCUACACUCAUUUAGCAAGUUUAUAUGCUAAUGGAAGUACAGUGGGUUUGAUCCAACAGAGACUGCUUAACAAUCAGUUACAGGUAUAGUUUUACAUUUUGGGAAAUCCGCUUCCUUCCUGAGAGUUCGAUGAGAAGAUUGAUGCCACUCUUGUAUCUGAGAAUCGUAUGGAUCUUCUCACCUAACUCUGCAUGAAAGUGAAUAAGCGUAUUUACCACUAACUAUUCCUUUAACCACACAGAAAGAGAGACUGGCCAUCUUAGCUUCCAUUUGUCCAUCAUUAUAAAUAACAUUACACACUUCAUCUGUGUUGUUUCAUGAACUAUAACUUCAACACAGUUCUCAAUUUCAAAGUCAGAUCUUUUAAUGCUGUUAAGACACCUUUGUCAAUGCCAUGUUUUUAUCAAAUUUUCUGUUGAAAUUAGAAAAACUGAAAUUGUUGCUGUUUGAACGGUCUCUCUCUCUCUCUCUCCCUGUCUCUCUCUCUCUCUCUCUCUCUCACUGUGUGAUGGCCCUGCUAUAAUCCUGAGUGCUGUAUUAUCGUGUGCUGUUGUACCUCAUUUAUUUGUUCACUGAGGGAACUCUACAGCACAGUGCUGUGUUACUGUGUAAUGCAUCACACUGCAGCCACAUGCAGUCAUGUCUACCAUUGGUACAAUGUAAAGCAGUUACUCAACACUACCAUACUGUUAGAAACAAAACAGACUUUUAGUUGUGUUGAUGUGAAUUUUUGUUUUCUUUUGAAAAUAUUAAAACUGACAGUGUCUGGAGAGUGUGGUGUUUAGACUUGAGUUGUGUUCGGGUUGCAUUCCUCAUUUCAUUCCUAUGCUAAAUGAUGACUGGACUGCUUUCUGCAAUAAAAGAAAAUAAUCCUCUAAAGCAUA